AGACUCUCAUUUGGAGCAGGCUUCGAGCCAUGGAGUCUACGAGCCCGGUCCAGGCGAUCGACAAUCUCAUCUCAGAGCUACCAUGGUGGGGAUGGGUUCUGGUGGCAGCCUUGGGCUACCUGGCGGUCCAGGUGUAUCAGUCCGUGCACAUCAGCUCGAAAUUACCUCCGAGCCCCGGUGCGUUUCCCGUGGUGGGAUCGUUCCCGCUCAUGGGAGCAAAAGACGGGGAGCCGGCGCACCAGAUGUUCGCCAGGUUGGGUGAAAAAUAUGGCCCGAUCUGCUACCUCAGAAUGGGAAAUGUUCCGAGCAUAAUUAUUUCCGACGGCAACAUCGCCAAAAUUCUGCUGAAGGAUCAGGAUCAUAUCUUCGCUUCUCGACCAUGGAUGUCAGCUGGGAAGUACAUGGGAAUGGAUUUCCAGAGCGUCGUGUUUGCUCCGAGCGGGCCUCACUACAAGCGCCUGCGCAAGAUUUAUACUCUCGAGCUGCUGUCCAAUAAGCGCGUCAUAGCAUCUCACGGCAUCCGAGAGGCGCGAUUGUACGGGACUGUUAAAUCGAUGCACGAGGACAUGGAGCGAGGCGAGGCGACGAAUCUGUCGUCCGCGCUGAAAACCCUGAGCCUCAACAGCUUGAUCGGUUUGAUCUUCGGACUGACGGAGGAUACGGUGUCCAAGAAACUCGGAACGGUGGACAUGGAGGAAGUCAAGGACGUCGUGCGUUGCGCCGUCGAGCUCGGCGGCGAGUUCAACUUCGGCGACUACAUCCCCAUCGCGCGUUGGCUCGACCUGCAGGGCGUCAUCAAGCGAAUGAAGGACCUCACGAAGCGCAUGCGCGUCAUUGCGGCCGGAGUGAUCGAGGAGCACCGGAAGCUCGCCGCGAGCAGAGGCCCAUCGAGCCCCGACGACCUCACCAUUCUGGACGUGGUGUUGAAUCUCGACGGCGACGACGUCCUGAGCGACGAUGCGAUGGCCGGAGUCAUCUUCGACAUGAUUAUCGCUGGAAGUGAUACGACGGCGGUGUCAUCGGACUGGACAAUUGCAGAGCUGCUCCGGCAGCCGAAGCUGAUGAAGAAGCUGCAGGACGAGCUGGACGCCGUGGUAGGCAAAGACAGAUUAAUGCGAGAAUCGGACAUUCCUAAUCUGCCCUACUUGCAAUGCGUGAUCAAAGAGUCGCUCCGUCUGCAUCCGCCCGCACCUCUGGGCAUUCCGCAUUGUAGCAUUCAACCGACGACGGUGGCAGGGUAUGAGAUCCCUGCGAAGACGACCGCGCUGAUCAACCUCUGGGCCAUCAACCGAGACCCGAAGAAUUGGAAGGACCCGCUGCAAUUCAUCCCCGAGAGAUUUGAGAAGCUGGACGUGAGCGUCUUCGGUCAGGACUUCAGCCUGCUUCCAUUCUCCGCCGGACGUCGAGGCUGCUCCGGCAUGCUGCUCGGUCUGACGAUGGUUCAGCUCAUCGUGGGCACGCUGUGCCACUCGUUUGACUUCCGCACGCAGGGAGUCAAGGAGACCGAGGUCGACGUGAUCAACGAGAAGCCGGGCUUGGUCUCCAUGCGAGCCCAGGACAUCUUCGUCAAAGUCACUCCUCGAUUGUCGUCCCACCUCUUCAAGAAGUGACGUGCUUUCGUCCGAGCUCUCGAAGACUCUGACACCGGUGCAAGGCACCGUGUUCCGGCUGAGACUGAUGAUUCCAUUCCUCUCCUAUAGUAAAGCUGCAAGUGCCGUCAGGACACCGAGGGCCCCGGGGCUUCGGUCCUGUGUAGUCUCAGUGUGAAGUAUCUCCCAAGCGACACACGUCUUCUCGGGUGCUUUUGCAGGCUGCGAAUCAGAGUCGAGGCAUAGUCAUCGAACGGCAAUUGAUAAUUGUAAAUGUCCAAAGUGAUCGGACGCAUGAUCCAUCGGAGGAAAGGCGGAGAUGCGGCCUGGAUAGCAUUUAGUUGGAUAGCAAUGUAUAUUGUUAAUGUCUAAACCAGGUCAAGGAUUCUCACUGACUGCAUCAUGCUCUUCAUGUGCCCGCUUUGCGCCCUCGGAACUUACUGGAAGAUGAUUUCUUAUUCAGAAGAUGAAGAUGACGAAGCGGAGUGACAUGAUCGUAGACUCCCUUAAAAUCACAAUUUGUUCGUGAGCCAAUUUCUAGUGUAAUGAUACUCCUCGCCAUAGUCACGACGAAAUGUCAGUCAGCGAUUUUUGGAAAACUUUCACUUCCAACCCAUUACAUAUGUUAGCAUCUUUUCAUGAUGACUUCACAUUUUUUAAUCGAGCUAAUGAAAAAAGUAUCAAUGUUU